AUGACCGAAUUAAAAUCUCGCACAAGAUUACCUGAAAAAUAUAAAAAGCUUGAUUCUGACAUGGAUGACAAUGAAGUUUACUUAACGAAUGAUGCGAAACGCCAUUUAGCACAUGUUGAACGUCAUUCAAAUAGAAUGAAACCAAUAUCAGCCAUUAAAAUUCUAUUUGAUAUUGCGUUAUCCUGGCUACUUCUUAAAUAUCUUAUUAAACCAGUUCGUCGAGGAUUUUUAUGUUCUAACCUUAAUUUAUAUCAUCCACAACCAGUCCAAAAAGUAAUUCCAACAUGGUUAUUAUUUGUAUUAGCGGUUAUUCUACCAAUUUUUGUCGUACGUAUUGUUCGAUUAUUUAUUUUAUUAUUUAUUAUUGGUUCAGAAUUUGUUCGUUGGUAUUACAUAAUUCGUACAAAAGCAGCUCGAGUUGUUUAUAGAAUUAAAUUUCGAAAGACAACAUACAAUAUACCAGAAUGGGUUGGAAAUUUAUAUAUUAUUAUUGGCGUGUUUAUCUUUGCCGCAUGUGCAAAUUCAUUUUUAACCAAUGUUGGAAAAGUAUCGGCUGGUCGUUUACGUCCACAUUUUAUUCCAUCUUGUUUUCAUACAAAUAAUUACACAUUAUAUUGUCGUACUCCAAAUGACUGGAUAACAAAUUAUACAUGUGUCGGUGAAUCAAGUGAUAUUAUCAAAGAAAAAGAUGGUGCCAACGACAUAAGACAGUCAUUUCCAUCUGGUCAUGCUUCAACAGCAUUUUGUGGUUUGAUAUUUUUAGCAUUAUACAUUUAUAAAGUUUGGUGUUGGCGCAAUAUUGGUAUGUUUCCAUGUGUUGCUCAAGUUGGUUGUGCGGCGCUAGCAGCAUAUAUAGGUAUAACGCGUGUUACUGAUCAUCGUCAUCAUCCAACGGAUGUUUUGGGUGGUUCAAUACUUGGAACUGUGGUCGCAAUUAUAGCUUUUCGAUACAUGGUUGGCCAAUUUAAAUAUUCAACAUUAGAACAAGGAGAAAUCAUUAGCAGGGCAGACGAAUCGGACAUUCAGAAAUAA